AUGUACGAAGGGAUUGACAACCUGAAAUCCCUUUACGACCGUGCCGGGAAGACUUUCUCCGGCGGUCCUUCUGCGGCACAGGAUGUGUCGCGUCGUACUGCUCGACCAGACCCAUUGGCGCCACCGGACGAGGUAACUCGUCCGACGUCCAGUUCACGUCGCGGUGGUUCAACAGCUGCUCUACUAGAUAGCGCUGGCCACCGCGAGAGUCCUCUAAUGGAGGUGGAGGAGGAGGAAAGACGCUCUCCACACGAUCAUGUGGAUCGGCGUCUCCAGAUGGUGGACACUGCCUCGAAGCAUCGAGCUGAGUUUGCCUUUGCUCAGCUUGAGAACGAGAGAUCUCUGACAUCUCUUCGUGACGAGCUAAGGGUAGCUCGUGGGAUUGUUGAUCGGUCUCGGGCUGAGAUAACUGCUCUUCAGACCCUUGUUGAUGCCCACCAUCGGGAGCACAAGGCUCUCUGCGAGAUGCUUGAGCGCAAGGGCGUUCUUCAUCGGAAGAAGCAGCGUACUGAUGGUACGGCUUAA